CAGCUCUAAAAGUCUUUUUCUCUCUUCAAAACUCUCUUUCUCUAGUCUGAAACCUUCCUUCUGAGUUCUGAGAGAUGAGUUUCGCUGUUCAAAAAUUCCUCUGCAAACGUUUCUUUACGAGCUUUCACAGUCAAAUUGUCCUGGAUACACUCAGCAUUCCUCUCUUCCUAUUUGUUGAGUGAUCUAGCUAGAAGCAAGAGAGGCGGAAGAGAAGAUGAAGCAGCUGAUGAUGGGAGGAGAGAGUGCUGAUGGAGAUGGUGGUGGUAGUGUUUGUAAUGAUAGUGGUGGCGGUGGCUCCUCACUUACUCAGUCGUCAUAUAGUAGAAACUUCACUGCUAACAACACCAAGAAGCAACCUUCUUGGCUUCAAAACAUCCUUGCUGAUUUGGAUGAGAAGAUGAAAACACUGUCAGUAACACUCACUCGAGAAGAAGACAUUGACUCAUUUGCUAAUCGAGCUGAGAACUAUUAUCGUAAACGUCCUCAAUUGUUAAACCUACUUCAAGAUCUCUACAACGGCUAUCUUUCUUUGGCUGACAGGUAUGUUCAAGUUUUAAGCAAAAAUCCUACUCAACAACACCAGACAGCUCCAGUUAUAACUGUUCAUUCUGAUGUUGAGGACGAGGGGGAUGUUACUGAAUCCGACGCUGAGAGUUCACUCUCGUACCAAGCCAUGCCCUCAACAUCAUCAGCAAGCAUUGAAAUUCGGAACUCAUCUCAAUCUACUGAUAAUCUCGUGGCUCAACUUAUAAUGAAGACUGUCGACUACGAAAUCCUUGUCCAAGAAAUGGGCUUACUUGAUCGACAAUGCAAUGAGUCUGCAAGGAAAAUGGAGUUGCAAAAGAGUUUGGUGGAAGUUUUGGAAUCAGAAAGGUUAAUACUUUUGAAUGAGAAUGCGAGGUUGAGUUAUAAGAUGACAAAUUUGAUGGAAGAGAACAAAGGGCUGGCUUCAGAAUCAGCUUUCAUGAAGCGUAAAGCUACUGAAUUAGCGAGAUGUGUGUUGAAAAUGAGAGAAGAUCACAGGGUUUGCAUGUUGAGUCGUAAAAUUGAAGAUCUUCAAGGCCAACUGUAUGGGUUAGAGAAGAGAAACAAGGAGUAUUACGAGAAGUUAGUGAGGAGAAAAGAUGAUGUGAAAGAUAAGAAAAGAGAAAUGGCUUUGGAAGUUUGUUUUGAAGCUGAGAAAUUAAAGAUUGAAAACCAAAGAUUAAAGGAAGAAGCUAAUUCUACUGCUACAACUCCAAGUUGCAUUAUGAAAAACAAGGGUGCUGGCAAAGAUGGUUGGUGGGGAAAGGUCAGGAAAUUUGAAAUGUUCUGCCUUUGUGUUCCAACUAACCCUAAAGUUUCUCACUACUAAGUGAUCUUUGAGUUCACUGGCCAAAAUGAGUGGAAACCUGAAAAGCUGUUGUUAAUCCUAGAUGAUGAAGAUUAGGCUUUUGUUAUAGUUUAGCUUGUACCUUUACUUUGCUAGUUUAGUUUUUUGUAAAUCUUGGGGAACUUUUAUUAUUAUAUGAUGAAAAUAUUUUAGUAACUACUGGAUACACUGAAGAAUGGGCCAAGUUGCAGAAGAUUAGACUGGUUAGAGUGCUGGUCCUGCUGGAGGGCUUCUGUCUUUCUA